UUUGCAGUGAGAUUGAAGGUUGUCAAAAUAAUUGAUGGAAGGAAGGAAAUUAGUCACUGGUUGGGCAGCGAGAGAUGCAUCUGGGAUUCUCUCUCCUUACUCUUUCCACCUCAUGAGGAAAACAGGAAAGGAGGAUGUGCUGAUAAAGGUAUUAUACUGUGGAAUGGACCACACGGAUCUUCAUCACAUGAGGAAUGAGAUUCUCAGCACCCGCUACCCUUUGGUCCUAGUGCAUGAAGUGGUGGGAGAAGUGGGGGAGCAAGGCUCAGAAGGGACCAAGUUCAAAGUGGGGGACAUAGUCGGAGUUGGCUGCUUUAUAAUUGGAUCUUGUGGAGAAUGUUCAUUAUGCCAGUCUGGUAUGGAGCAGUAUUGCCAAAGCAGAAUCUUCACAUAUAAUCAUGACACCAACAAGGAUGGAAUGCCAACUCGGGGAGGGUUCUCCUCUGCCAUGGUCGUUCAUCAAAAGUUUGUAGUCAAGAUACCAGGAAAGCUGGCGCCGGAGCAGGUGGCGCCGCUCUUGUGCGCCGGCGUGACGGCUUACAGUCCCUUGAGACAGUUCAUGGGUUCCGGCAAAGGGCUGAUAAAGGCGGGGAUAUUGGGGCUGGGAGGGGUUGGGCAUCUGGGUGUGAUUAUAGCCAAGGCAAUGGGGCAUCAUGUGACUGUGAUAAGCUCUUCGGAGAGUAAAAGAGAGGAGACUUUGGAGCAUCUGGGAGCUGAUGCCUUUUUGGUGAGUUCCGAUGCAGAUGAAAUGCGACGAGCCAUGGGUACCCUCGACUAUAUUCUGGACACUGUUCCAGCUCCCCACACUUUGCAAGCCUACCUUCCACAGCUCAAAGUUGAUGCCAAGCUGAUCGUUGUAGGAGCUGCCCCCAAGCCCCUGCAAUUCGAGGCGAACGGCCUAAUUCUCGGGAAGAAGACGAUAACUGGAAGCUUCAUUGGGAGCAUGGAAGAGAUGCAGGAACUGCUAGACUUUUGGGCCGAGAAGGGUUUGGAAUCAAAGGUGGAGGUUGUGAAACUGGAUUAUGUGAACAAGGCAUUUGAAAGAAUGGAAAGGAAUGAUGUUAAGUUCAGGUUUGUGGUGGAUGCAUGUGGCUGGCAGCAACCUCCAUUGAAUUCAUCAUCUCGAUCUCUUCAUUGAAGAAGACACUGGCAUGGCAUUGGGCUCGGCGGCUCGCAAUUGUUCAUUUCUUUCAGCUCUUGGCAGGGAUAAGUUUCAAUAAAACGACUACAGUUUGGUACCCGUAUUAGGGGCCGUUUUAUCUUGAUGUCAAAAUGUGCUUUGCUUUUAUAUAAUAAUGAAAAUAAAAGUUAAAAAAAAUGCUAUGUUUGAUUGAGUUAUUAUAUAUAG